AAAAUCCCGUCUUGCAAAACAACUAUAUCAGAAAUUAGGCUGACCUGUAAAGACAAAAAUGGACAAUUGAAGAAGUUACAUCAAAAGCAAAGAAUCUUUGCCCAUCUAUCAUCCAGGAUUUGGCAGGUCGCUUAAAUAUUCGAGUUUCCUUCUUGUUUAUGUUCUCUCAUCUCAUGCUGGCCUUAAUUUCCUGUUUUUACUACCUGGAAUAAUGGAACGGUAAAGAUCAGGCUGCCAAAGAAGAGCACUUAAUUCCUGAUCUAAUAAGACCUGACAAUAGUAAUGGUGAUAGCUGCAUAUGGAACAUAGACUGGGGAGAUCUGCUAUCAGUUGUAUCUAUCUUUCUCUCUGUUUUCUCCUGUGAUAGAAUAAUUACAAUAAGCUUUCCAGGAUUUGAUAGCGAUGGGGAAGACAGGAAAAUGGCUUAAAAGUUUCUUUGCAGGGAAGAAAGACAGAGAGAAGGGGAAAUUUAGUCCUGCUGCCAUUGAAAAUCCAGCAUCUCCAACUCCAAUUUUACCUACAACUCCUAAAGAAAAAAGGAGAUGGAGCUUCCGAAGAUCUUCAGCCACAGCAGCAACUCCCAAGGACUUGAAUUCAGAAGAACAAAGUGCCCCCGGUACGCCACCGGCUAUGCAGGCUAGAAUAGACAAAGAAGAUGAGCAGAAGAAGCAUGCUCUGGCUGUGGCCGCAGCAGCUGUGGCAGCUGCACAGGCAGCGGCUGCUGUGAUCAGGCUAACAACUGCUGCUAUUGGGCGAUCCAGCGCAAUUGAAGAGGCUGCUGCCAUAAAGAUUCAAUCCAUUUUCCGGGCUUAUUUGGCAAGAAAGGCACUGUCUGCAUUAAAAGGAUUAGUGAAGUUGCAGGCCUUGGUAAGAGGUCACCUGGUGAGAAAACAAGCCACAGCUACACUUAGGAGCAUGCAGGCACUGCUGACAGUUCAGGCUCGAGCUCACGUGCAGAGAAUCCGGAUGGCCAAAGAAACAGAUCAGAUUAAUCAGGGGCACUCAGUCCACAGAAAAUCAACUAAUGACAAUUGUAUGAGGCAUACAUAUCCUGAGAUUGAUAGAGACAUGGAAGAGAACAUUAAGAUAGUAGAGAUUGAUCAUGGUGAAUCAAGAGGAAGCUCAAAGAGCAGAAAUGGCUACUCAAACCAUCCACAAAUUGAACAAACAGAACCCAGAUAUUUCACGCAAGAUAAUUGCCAGGUUUCUCCAUUUCCAUCAGCUCUGACUGACAUGAGCCCCAGAGGCUGCAGUGGUCAUUUUGAGGACUAUUCUUUUAGAAAAAUGCAAAGUAGUCCACAAUACUAUUCUGAUACAUCCAAAGCUGAUCUAUCAAGAGUUCCUUUUGCCUUCUCCAGGCCAGAUUAUACUGAUUCUUUGGCCUAUGAAUGCCCAUUGUUUCCCAAUUACAUGGCUAAUACAGAAUCUUCAAGAGCAAAAGCUCGCUCACAGAGUGCACCGAAGUCAAGGCCAGAUUCAUAUGAGAGGCAACCAAGCCGGCGAAGGCCUUCCAAGGAAGGGAGAAAUGUUCCAAGGGCUAUUAUGCGGAUGCAAAGGUCAUCUUCACAUGUGGGCAUGGCUGCUCAAAAUUACCAAUUUCCAUGGUCAAUUAAGCUUGACAGGUCCUCAGUCUCGCUUAAAGACAGUGAGUGUGGAUCCACCAGCACAGUACUUACAAACACCAACUACUGCAGAUCAUUUGUUGCAUAUGAUGUGAGUCCAAAUAUUAUGAAAUCAAAAUUCUAAAAUAUGGACUAAAACAAAAAGAAAGUGAAUAUAUGAAUUCACUUAAUAUGUAUUGGGUAGUCAAAUGAUAUGUUAUUAUAUGAUUGAGUAUCAUCCAGUCACAUAAUAACAUAUUAUCUAGAUAUCCAAUUAGAUACUCAAAUAUUAGUUUUUGUGGGUGCAGCCUGAAUGAAACAAGUACUAACAUGCUCACCAACUAUGCAGACUUAAUACAAAUCAUGGAAGCACCAAAAGGAAAUGAUCAAGAAAAAUGAAGUUUUGAUGCAGAAAACACUUUCAGUGUCAGUAAAUGGAGCUUUGUAUUGAAGAAAGUAGAAAUGAUCAGGAAAAGCGAAGUUGGUUUUUUUGUUAAAUUAUUAUUAUUUUUUUUUAAGUUUCUGCUUGAUCAGGGUGUGAUUGUUUCCAUCAUCAAAUUGUAUUCAGAGGUAAACUUCUUUGCUAUAUAUGUCCAAACAUAAACCACUUUGUUUUAAAUCUA